CAGUGUCAACAAUGUAAGUACGGUGAUAAUACGGAUUUCAACAUCUCCACAACUUCGUCCCGUUGAUGGUAUUGUUUUUCAACCGAACCAUUCAUAUCCGAUCACUCCGUGCUCGCUCGCAUUGUUAAUAUUUCUUGGUUCGUUUCACGCAUUCGGUUCCGUUAAACGAGUAUUUUGCAUGAUUAUCAACACGACGAACAAAUCUAACGCAAAUAUAUAAAUAAAACUGCAAUAAUCACCUGACUAACAUUAAUUGUAGCUGCUUGUAUUAUAGUAACUAUUGGCCGAUAGAAAUGGUGUGAAAAUAAGAGAUGAUGGGAGAGAGGGAUUUUGUGCCGACCACCGCCGCAGAAGAUAAUGAGGACGUGUUCAAAGACUUGAUAUUGAACGUACCCGCCGAUUGGUCGGCCACAAAUUGUCUUCCCACUGGCCUUUUCAAUUCAUUUGAUCCUGAUGAAGUGGUGUACCGGUCGCAAAAGAAACCAUGCAAAAUGGUCGGUAAAUACAUUAUGGGUGAUUUGUUAGGCGAAGGCAGUUACGGAAAAGUCAAAGAAGUUCUGGAUUCUGAGACGCUUGUACGCCGUGCUGCUAAAAUAUUAAAAAAGAAAAAACUCAAACGGAUACCAAACGGAGAAAAAAAUGUGCUCAAUGAAAUUCAACUUUUGAAGACAUUGAGGCAUUUAAAUGUCAUAGAAUUAGUAGAUGUGAUAGUGAAUGAUGAAAAAGAAAAGAUGUAUCUUCUCAUGGAAUAUUGUGUGGGUGGUCUUCAAGAUAUGUUAGAACAUUCUCCAGGAAGUAAAUUUCCAUGUUGGCAAGCUCAUAAUUAUUUCAGUCAAUUAAUUAAUGGACUUGAAUAUUUACAUAGCCGUGGAAUAAUCCAUAAAGAUAUCAAACCAGGAAAUUUAUUGCUCACACUUGAUGAAACACUUAAGAUAUCAGACUUUGGAACUGCUGAGGCAUUAUCACCCUUUGAUCCUGAAGGUAUUUGUGCAUCUAGUCAAGGAUCACCAGCAUUCCAACCUCCUGAAAUAGCAAAUGGAGCUGAUGAUUACUCUGGCUUUAAAAUAGAUAUAUGGAGCAGCGGUGUUACAUUGUACAAUUUAGUAACAGGAGAAUAUCCAUUUGAAGGUGAUAAUGUUUAUAGAUUAUUUGAAGCAAUUGGAAAGUGUAACAUAAAAAUUCCAACCUAUGUAACUGAACCAUUGAGAUCUUUACUGGUUGGAAUGCUUAAAAAAGAUCCAGAGAAACGAUUUAGCAUACGAACUAUACAAACACAUCCAUGGUUUGUUUGUAGACAUCCAAGAACUUCUGAAAAAGUGCCUAUUCCUCCAUUGCGUGGUGAUUCAAUGCAUAACAUGACUGUAUUACCAUAUCUGUUCAACUAUCAUUCGUGUGAAACACCUUCAGAAAAUGAAGAAGAAUAUAUCACAGAAAAACUAAUUAAAGAUCAACAGAACGGGAGUACACCUGAUCCCAUUGAUAAUGCUAAUGAUCCAUCUAAACGACCUUGGCACAAGCCGAUCAUGUUUAAUGUAAAAAAAAUGACUGCUUGUCGAUUGUCAUGACAAUUGUCACUCAUUUAUGUACUGCAUCUUUAAUAUUGUUUUAUAUUGUGACCAUUAUUGGUCAAAAAGAAUUUAUUUUUUAUUUUUUUGAGUAUGCUUGUUAAGUGAUGUUUUUUGCCUUGGUAGAAUCAAGUCAAGUAUAUGUGAAACAUUUAUGUUUUUUUUUUUUU